UUUCUUUCUCAAGACCAUCGAAUAAACGCACCCUAAAAUUUCAUAUAUUCUCCCACACUUCUCAAGUUGUACUAUUCAUUAUUCUCUUGCCCAAAACUCAUACCCUAAGAAAAACACAACCAUUGUAGAAGGCUGGCUCACAGCCUUCUCCUUCAUCUUGUUCUUGUUGUUGUUUUUGGUGUGAAUAUUUUACAGAAGAUCCGCCAUGGAAGCUUCUUCUUCUCAAGGUCUUUCCAUAGAGAGCUUCUCCUACAGCUGGUUGGUGAACAUCAAAUCAUCCUUCAGAAAAACCUCCCUCGAUGAAGCUUCCUUCAUCGAGAUGGAUCCCACAAUGCCACCCUCCAAGAGAUUCUUUACCUCGGACUUCAACUUUCCCGCCCUCGCCCCGUCCCCGUCCUCUCUCCCUCUCGUCCACGCCGACCACCUCAUCUCCGACGGCUAUAUUGUCACUUUGCAGGCGUGUGAGGCCACGACGGCAGCCAUUUCUAACUCUUUGCCUGUUGUUAUACUCGCGGGGGACGCGCCGGGGACGCCCGAGUCGUCGUGCUCGGUGAGAAAGGCGUGGCGGAGAUUGUCGAGGCAGAUUUUUCAGAAGUAUUUGAACUUUCUGAGGCCCCUUUGCAGAAAGAUUCAAGGGGAGAAGUUGUUCAAUGGAGGAUCUCGCCACCCAAUUACAAGAGAAGCUUCUUGGUCUAAUCAGUGUUGUGAUGAGUGGAGAAGAUCUUGUGAUUCUGAGAGCUCAAUUUAUGAGGCAGUUCUCCACUGCAAGAGAUCCAUAGGAAAAUGACGAAGAAGUGAGAGGGAGAAAAAGGAGGAAAAGAAGAGAAGACGAUGACGAUGGGGGAGAAUAAAGGGGGCAGUACAGUUGUUGUUUGUCUGUUUUAAUUUUUGUUUGUGUAAUAUUUUUAUAUUAUGGAAUGAAGAAUGCAAUAGUGAGUGUUUUGUCUUUGUGAGUAAAGAAGAAUCUGUUUGGAUUGUGAGAGUGGAAAAUUGUGGCCUUUGAUGGAGGGGGAAAAAGGCAUCAUAUUAAAUUUUUGUUGUCUUUAUUCUCUUGUGGAACACAAACCACUAGUUGAUAAAAGAGAGAAAAAUCUCUCCCUUUCUCCUUCUC